AUGUCUUUCAAAGGGAAAUAUCAGGUGGAACGCCAAGAAAAUCUUGAGGCUUUCAUGAAGCUUUUAGGGGCGACCGAUGAGAUGAUCGAGCAGUUCAAAGACAUUAAGGUCAUCACAGAGGUUGAAGAAAACGGAGAUCACUUUAAGAUGACCGACAUCAUGGGAAGCAAUGUUCGUGUCGUCGCCUUCACCAUAGGGCAGGAGAGUGAGGUGGAUGGCGCCGGAGGAGAGAAAGUCAAGGUUUUUGCGACACGGCAGGGUAACAAAGUGAAGCUGACCAUGCCAACUAUGGAGUGCAUUCUCGAGAUGACUGACAAAAACACACUGGUCUCAACCACCACUGCGGGGACCGUCGUCCACAAGAGGAUCAGCAAACGGAUCUAA